CCCUCACUCGCAAGCCACAUCAGAGACAAGGAUGCGAGAAGAGUGCAAGUCAACCCUGCGAGGCUCCCUCCAAUACCUUAUUUGUUUUUCCCUCCUCCUCCCCCUUUCACUCUCUUACCAUCCUUCCCUUACCCCUUGUCCUUCUCUGUGCACCUGUUAUCCUUCACCACCCACAGCAAGCUGUCAGUCACACAACCUAUCCCGUGUCCCCUCACCGCUGCCUGGCUUGGCACGUAGAGUGUUUCUGCAGAAUAACCAGAUAUCAGAGCUAGGUCCCGGACUCUUCUCACCUCUCACCUCUGUCCUCUGGCUUUUCUCCAACCGCAUCUCCCUUCUGCGACCUGGUGCUUUUCAAGGUCUGGAAUAUCUGAAAGAGUUGGACCUAGGCAACAACCCUACUCUGCCACCACUACAACCGGAUACCUUCAGUGGACUCAGUUCCCUUCAAUCCCUGCACCUGUAUCGCUGUCACAUCCACAGACUGCCAGCUGAUCUGUUCCGUGGUCUUCAUUCACUGCGCUACCUCUACUUACAGCAUAAUUAUCUGACAGGGCUACCGGAUGGUCUGUUCCGCGACCUCUCCAAUCUUACCCAGCUCUUUCUACAUGGGAAUCUCUUACAGUCACUGCCAGCUGGAUCCUUCUUUGGUCUCUCUAGCCUGGACCGUCUCUUGCUGCACAGUAACCGUCUGGUAUCAAUCUCUCCAGCAGCCUUCAGGGGAUUAAGCAGCCUUACCAUUCUCUUUCUCUUCAAUAACAGUCUGCCCUCCCUCCCAGGAGACUCCAUGCGCUCUCUCCCAUCAUUGCAGUUUCUACGCCUCAAUGGAAAUCCAUGGCACUGUGACUGCAGCUGCCGCUCCCUAUGGGGCUGGUUUCGCUCCACUCCAGGGAUAUCUAGCUCCCCUGUGACCUGCACAUCCCCACCAGCCCUCAGGGGGAGGGAGCUACGCUCCCUAGAGGAACGAGACCUGCGAUUCUGCAGCUCGCAUAACCCUCCUCCCACUGGGAAUCUGUCAGGUUUAUCUUUCUCCCCUAAACCUUCCUCCUUUUAUAGGGGACAGCCAGCGCUGGGAGAGGGAGAUGUCAGGGAUUGGGAAGAUAUGAUAGGGGAGGGUACAGAUAAUGGCGGAGAUGCAAAUGGUGCAAGUGAUACCAGGGGCUUUGGAAUAACUUUACUGGUAGCUUUGCUCAUCUGGGAUGUAAAUAUAGACCUCUGACUUUACUCAGAUUUUAUGAUUGAGAUAAUUACUGACAAAUAUGAUACCCUUACUCCUUGUGCAAAC